AUGUCGUCAUGAUUCAGCCGAUGUCACAUGAUCGUAGAUGCCGGAAGUAGAUGCUUUGUCAGCUGGAGAGUUGCUUUCCUUUACAAUCUAGGGAGAUUGCGUUAAUAGUUAUAUUGGAUAUUUGCCGAGUUCAAUGGUCAGGAUGAGCCAGAAGCCCUGCCUUGAGGGGCAGGUGUACUCUGUGCCACUGAUCCAACCAGACCUGAGACGAGAAGAGACUAUACACCAGAUAGUAGAUGCACUGCACUACCUGGAGACCAUCUCUGCAGACAUCUUCAACAGAGUUUCUGAACGAGUGGGACAGAACCGCAGGCAGCUGCAGAGCGUGACCGAACGGAUUCAACUGGCUCAGGCCCGGGUUGACAAGAUCAAAGGCAGCAAGAAGGCCACCAAGGUGUUCUCCAGUGCAAAGUACCCUGCCCCAGAGCGCCUUAAAGACUACGCCUCCAUCUUCAGUGGCGCCACGGACCCGUCCUCAGUGACGCAGCCUCGGCACCGGAUCCACAACAAACUGCGGCCCCUGGAUGACAAGGCCUUACAGGAGAAGCUGCUCUACCUGCCCCUGUGUGUGAGCAACAAGAAGAGGUCUGAGGACGAAACGGAGGAAGGCCUCGGAGGGCUCCCCCGAAACAUCUCCUCCGUCAGCUCCCUGCUGCUCUUCAACACCACCGAGAACCUGUAUAAGAAGUAUGUUCUCCUGGACCCGUUGGCGGGGGCCGUGACGAAGACCCACAACGCCCUGGAGACGGAGAAAGAGGAGAAGCCUUUUGACGCUCCGCUGUCCAUCACCAAGAGAGAGCAGCUGGAGAGACAGACGGCAGAGAGCUACUUCUACGUUCCGGAUCUGGGCCAGGUGCCGGAGAUCGACGUGCCUUCCUACCUGCCCGACCUGCCCGGCAUCGCGGACGACCUGUCGUACAGCGCUGACCUGGGGCCGGGGAUCGCCCCCUCCGGCCCCACGCACAACAUCCCAGACCUGCCCUCCUUCUCCGGGGACCUGGGCAGCGUCCAGCCUGGAGCUCCGUUCCAGGCUGUGGCUCCGCCCCCUCCGCCCCCUCCUCCCCCACCCCCCCCGCCCCCUCCCUCCUCUGCUCCCGCCCCCCCGACCCUCCCCGGGGAAGCCCUCCUCCCUCCCCCUCCGCCUCCCCCCCCUCCCCCCGCGCCACUCACGGGCGCCAGCGCCGCGGCGCAGCCUGCACCGCGCUCAGGGCCGGUGGCGCCCAGCGGGGGGGCGCAGCCGUCCAACGGGCGCGCCAACCUGCUGGAGUCCAUCCGCAACGCCGGCGGCAUCGGCAAAGCCGCGCUGCGCGACGUCAAAGACCGCAAGAUGGAGAAGAGGAAGCAGAAGGAGCAGGAGCAAGUAGGAGCAGCAGCCGGUGGAGGAGACUUCAUGUCUGAUCUCUUCAACAAGCUGUCCAUGCGCAGGAAAGGUAUAUCCGGUAAGGGUCCGGCCGGCGGAGAGGCGGUCAAUUCAUCGCUCGGCACCGGCGGGGCAUUCGCUCGAAUGUCUGAUGUCAUACCCCCACUUCCCGCCCCUCAGCCAAUCCAAGAGGACGAUGAGGACUGGGAGGCGUAGCCGUGAUGGACAGCGUCCACCAGCCAAUCCCAGAGGAGGAUGAGGACUGGGAGGCGUAGCCGUGAGGGACAGCGUCCUAUCAGCGUUCACUGACUGACUAGCUCCCGGUGUAACGGACUAGAGAUCCGCCGGUAGAUGUAGAUAGAGUUGUGGUCUCGGGGGGGGUAGAGAUUAAUGACUGAAAUGCCUUUUCGUUCUGAUGCCUAUUCCGGUGUACAUUGUUGUGAUGGUGAACGGUGAAACUUAACAUUGCUAUGUUACAUCCCAUGGCAAUGGAAACACAGUCACGGAUGAGUGACGGGGUAAUGGAGAUGAUUGUAUAAAAAGUGGUAUAUUUCCAUAAAAGAGAUUUAUUGAUAUGCAGUAAAACACAUUUUCCAUUGAAUAAAGUGAUUUUAAAUAUU